UGGAGGCGAAGUCACCAACAAAGCAAGCGAAGCGUCUCCCUCCGCGGCUCCGCCCCCCUCCCUCCCUCUCUCCUCUCUCUCUCUCUCUGCGUGUGCGUGCGAGCGCGAGCGCGAGCGCGUGCGUCCCUUCCCCGGCACGAGCGGCGCACACCGUCCCCGCCACGCCCACGCGCCGCUUCCCUUCCGGAAAAUCUAAACCCCAGCGGGGCCGGCUGCCGGUCAGCGCCAGCCAGCCCACACCGACCCCGCCCCGACCUCCGCCGGCGAUGCUGCCGCAUCGCCGCCGCAGCAGCCGCCCGGGCUCCUCGCUCCCGCUCCUCGUCCUCGGCGCCCUGCUCCUGGCCGCGGCCGCCGCGUUCUCCCCCGCCGCCGCCGCCGCCGCCGAGGCCGCCGCCGGGCGCGAGGCCCGCGCGGGGAAGCAGGAGGCCGAGGCCCAGGCCGAGGCGGAGGCGCGCGGGGACCGGGUGGCCAUCGCGGAGGCCGGCGGCGAGGUGGCGGCGCAGGGCAAUGCCACGGACAACAAGGAGGGCAGCUUCGCCGACAUGAUCGACCGCGCGCUGGAGAAGGAGUUCCCCGAGUCCGAGGGCGAGCAGGGCGGCGGAGAGACCGACCCUGGGAGCUUCAACAACACGGUCGCUGAGAAGCAGGGAGUUCUUGAAACUGUGGCUAGAAGAGUAACAAAGAAGAAUGAGACCAAAGAUAACAAGUCAUUUCCCUUUAAGGAGGUUUUCUUGGAUCGAUCUGAGCAAGAGGAUGUCCCGACAUUGAUUGAUCGAAAGGAUAAUGUUUUUAUCAUAUCAAAUCCAAAGUCAAAAUACCCUGUGCUGCAGUUGGACCUUAGGUUGAUAUCAGACCUUGUUGUUGUUAUCGUGUCUGCCACGUGUGGUGGAAUUGCCUUUGCUUGCCUUGGACAACCUGUGAUUACAGGUUAUCUACUUGCAGGAUCUAUAAUUGGGCCUGGAGGCUUUAGCUUUGUCAAUGAAAUGGUGCAAGUUGAAACAGUAGCCCAGUUUGGUGUGAUAUUUCUCCUAUUUGCUUUGGGACUUGAGUUUUCUACUGCAAAGCUUCGAGUUGUUCGUGCUGUUGCCGUCCUCGGAGGAUUGCUCCAAAUUAUGCUGUUCAUGUUUCUUUGUGGUAUCUUGGCUACACUUUGUGGAGGCAAAACAAAAGAAGGUGUUUUCGUUGGCGUUCUUCUUUCUAUGUCUUCAACGGCUGUGUAUAUGAAGGUUUUAAAAUUUCUGAUGGAAAGAAACAGUAUCAAUGCUCUUCAUGGCCAAGUCACAGUCGGGACGCUUAUAUUGCAGGAUUGUGCUGUUGGUCUUCUGUUUGCACUUCUUCCAAUUUUGAGUGGUACAUCUGGGCUUCUUCAUGGAGUUGCAUCAAUGACAAAGUCGCUGGUGGUAUUGAUAACGUUCCUGGCCAUUCUGUCUAUCCUCUCCCGUACUGGCGUUCCUUGGUUUCUUAAACUGAUGAUAAGUCUUUCAUCUCAGACAAAUGAACUAUACCAGCUGGCAGCAGUUGCAUUCUGCUUGUUAUUUGCUUGGUGUAGUGAUAAGUUGGGCCUCAGUCUUGAGUUGGGUUCAUUCGCAGCUGGAGUAAUGAUAUCAACGACAGACCUUGCACAACAUACUCUGGAACAAAUCGAACCUAUCCGCAACUUUUUUGCUGCUCUUUUCCUUGCCAGCAUUGGGAUGCUAAUUAAUGUCCAUUUCCUGUGGAACCAUGUGGAUAUACUCCUUGCAGCUGUAAUUUUGGUGAUCACAGUAAAGACAUUUAUUGUUGCUAUUGUCGUAAAAGGGUUUGGCUAUAGCAACAAAACAUCUCUUCUUGUUGGCAUGUCUCUUGCACAAAUAGGAGAGUUCGCUUUUGUUCUACUUAGCCGUGCUUCAAGCAUCCAUCUGAUUGAGGGCAAGCUAUACCUGCUUCUUCUUGGAACCACAGCACUUAGCUUGGUGACGACCCCUCUGCUAUUCAAAAUGAUCCCAGCGAUGGUCCACCUCGGGGUUCUUUUGAGAUGGUUUUCUGUUGAUAGCAAUCAGGUGGGAGGUACACGUUCAUAUCAAUUGAGUUCAUCUAUUGAUUGUUUUACUACAGAAAUGUUUGUCAAUCAAUUCAUCGGUUCUUCCUUUUCAGUUGGGCCUGAAAAAUGAUGGCCUCCGCAUCGAUAGUGGCAAGCGCAUCAAUUUGAUAGUCCAAGGAUCACAUGAUUCAUGACAUUUGGCACACUGCAAGCUGUUUUUUUUGUACGGCUUAAGUUUACAAGCUCUGUAAAGUAUUUUUGCCGUUCCGAAGAGUUUGUACCAGAUAUACAAGGGUGGUGGCAAGAGACUCAACUCUGAUUUUUGCGCCCAGCGCAAGGUGUAUCCUCCCCCCAUCAUGGCGGCUGCAAGGGCAAUUUGGUUUGCCGUUUUUGAGAGCGCAGUGUCUGUGAAUGAUUGGUGAAGUGAGUGGUUGUCGACCCCAAUUGAGGGUUUCAUGUAACAUAAGAAUGUAUGGUGAUUAAUUGAUUGGAUUAGCAUGAUAGGAUGUAGGCCUGAUCUUUAUGCCCGUUGUAUUCAUUCAGCAAAACUGUGUAUCAUCACAACACGAAAAGUGUGUAACGACAAAUAGCCAUCAGAUCACGAAUUUUGUUAUGUGAACAAAGCAUUCAGUUACGUAACUUACGUCGGCUGAUAUUCUCAUUAAGAAAGGCUUCUACAUUCCCUGA